CUUACAUAAUCUCCUCCCCCUCAGAAGCAGGUGGCUCCGAGGGGACUUUUACGCGGGGAGUUUAGUCACUCGUUUCUCUCCCGGCAGUGCCUCCCUUGCUACCGCGGCGCUGGGAAUAAUAUAGGCCGAGUCGGGAGUUGCUCAUCUUGCCUUAUUUUCAAAAUGAUCGAUUCAAGUUGUGCCUGCCUCUGUGAGUUGUGAUUUGACUGAGAUUACAAGAAAUGCUUCUUUAAGACAAACAAGUAAGUUGUUUGACCUUAUGGUAGCAAGUGCGGUGCGUCCUGAGACCAUUUCAAAAAGGUUACAAUUUGAUUGCCGGGUCGUCUACGGAAAAUGGCAACGGUGCAAGAGAACUGGAGUCUUUCAAGAGUUGUCUUCAUUGGUGUGAUAGUUGGAGGAGCGGCUGUUAUAUGGCAGACAUACUUCACACCCUCGCCAGGGGUCAUUUAUAAACCAGACAGUGUCUAUGACUUCAUCAUCGCGGGUGGUGGCACAGCGGGCAGCGUGUUAGCUGCCAGACUGAGCGAGGUAGAACAUUUCAAGGUCCUCCUCAUCGAAGCAGGACCAGAAGAACCCUGGCUCUCGACCAUCCCCUUGGCCGCACCCCUGCUUCAGAGGUCGAGGUUCGACUGGGCGUAUCUGACAGCGCCCCAACAGAAAUCGUCAAUGGCUCUGAACAACAGGCAAUCAGCUUGGCCUCGGGGCAAAGUCCUGGGCGGAAGCGGAUCCAUCAACUACAACAUCCAUAUGUACGGUUCCCCGCAGGACUUCGAGACGUGGGAGAAAGAGUUCGGGGCCACGGGAUGGGGAUUCAGCGAAAUGAAGAAAUUUGCUAACAUGGCCGAGUGCUGGAGGCUGCGACCCAAACUGUUCAAGGAUAUGUGUGUCGCCGAUGCCACCGAGCAACAGAAAUCCGGUGGUUGCAAUAGUACCAGUGAUUCGGAAAGCGAGGGAAAGCACGUCAGACAGCGCCAGGAUGCAGUGCAGUGUUAUGAUCCUCCUCUCCGGGUAACCACCGCGAAUUCCACUCUCUCUUACGUGUUCCUUGAAGCUGGGAAGGAGUUGGGUCUGCCGGUGGGAAACCUCAAUGAUGACAUAGACUACGGCCUGAUGGCCGCCCAAACGAAUGUCUACCGCGGAAAUCGAUGGAGUUCCGUCAAAGGAUACCUGAGACCAGCUCUAGGGAGACCAAAUCUUCACGUACUCGUUAAUGCUCAUGCCACAAAAGUCAUCUGGGAAAACAGGAGAGCAGUAGGCAUGGAAUACGUAAUGUACGACGUUGCUCACAAAGUCUACGCCCGAGCCGAGGUUAUCCUGUCCGCUGGAGCCAUAAGCACGCCGACCAUACUCAUGCAUUCGGGCAUCGGGAGUCCGGAAAUUCUCGAAUAUUUUGAUAUUCCUCUUGUAAAAUCGCUUCGAGGUGUUGGCGCUAACUUGCAGGACCACCUCAACCUUCCACUCUACAUAGAUAUUAAGUCACCAAUAUCUCUCACUCUGAAUAAACUUCAACAUCCAAAUACUGCCUGGAACUAUUUUGUUCAUGGCACAGGCGAUUUAACAGGUGCAGCCAUCGAGGGCGUGGGCAACAUGCCCAUAAAGAAAAACAUACCGGAAGUGGGCAUCAUACUCUUCAAUCUUGGGAGCGUUGAUAAGCAACUGUAUUCUACCAUCUCUAACAUGAAGAUGGAAUCCUUCGAGACUCAGUUCCCGCACAUGGACAACAAGAGCUCGGAAGGUUUCAUCUUCCUGACGUCUUGUCUUCAUCCCAAAAGUCGAGGCAACAUUAGGCUGGUCUCGAGUGACCCCCGACACCCUCCGUCCAUUGACCCCAACUACCUUGAUCAUCCAUAUGACCUCGGCUGUAUGAGGGAUGCCUUCAAGUUCGCAAUGCGACUCGUCAGAACGAAAGCCUUCCAGGGAAUUGGUGCCUCCAUGCACCUACCCAAAUAUGAAGAAUGCACCAUUAAGGGAGGAUUGGACGAAGAAGACGAUACCAUCGCUCUGUACAACGAAUACGUGUCAUGCAUCGUUCGUAUGGCAGCUAUUACGGGAUACCAUCCCCUGGGAACAGCGAGGAUUGGCCGAAGAGAUGAUUAUAUGGCAGUGGUUGACCCCGAGUUGAGGGUUCAUGGAGUUUCUAGGUUAAGGGUAGCUGAUGCUUCUGCCAUGCCCACACAAAUUUCUGGUACACCAAACUCUGCCAUAAUUGUAUUGGCUGAGAAGGCUGCGCAUAUGAUCAAGGAGACUUGGAGCGACAAGCAGAAAUUAUCCGAACAAAGAAUUUGUUCCACCUCCGACACAUGUGAACAAGAGAUUCUUGGCGACCUGCCGGGGUCAGCAGCGCCUCCCUCGAGACACGUCACCUGUGGUGUAACACUCACUCUUUUAGUAUUGAGUCUCAUUUCAUCAUACAAACUAGAGUAGCAUCUGGGAUGCUCUAUCAGCCCUCCAACGGCUUUGCUGAAGAAAUUUUUUGUAACUAGAAAAAUCCUUUUAAACUUGGUACGAACAUUCACCAAAAUAUAUGUUGAGACAUUAAAGGAAAUUGAAGUUUGAAUAGCUGAAAGGAACAAUUAUGACAAAGGCAGCAGCUCAACUCAAUGUACAGUUAAACUGUCUGUACCACUAAGUUGGUCUUGAAGCAUAGAACACUCAGGAUUAAUGUGAAAUACAUAAAUUAUAAACUCUAAUUGCUGGUAACGACAUAAGCAUAUGAAACUAAUGUUCCCUGAAGCUUUUGUUGUCACUGGGAUCCUCGGGUCUUAUUCAGUUUCUGGAAAUAUUAUUCUAGAUAUGACUAAGCAUAACUGUUGUUGCAAGGCCACAAUGAGCCGCAAUCAGAAGUAUGGCAUUCUGCUGUGAACAACUUAUCGGAUUUCGGAGUCAGGUAAGUAUACUCUGUGACAUUGAAUAUGCAUCGGUUGUUUCUUUUUACUUUGCAUUAAAUAAUUUUUAUUAACAUGAGGUUCGUUUACUAUUUUUUAUAUGAAUAUCUGAAAUCUCAUACAAUUAUUAUAAAAAAAAAGAUGAGGAAAAACUGUGUAAACAAGAGAUUAGGCUACGAUAGUGGAUAUAAGAAACAGUCCUUGAAUAAAGAAAGUUGUUUGCAUAGUAUAACAGAAAUGGUCGAUGUAACAGAAACGUCAGAGCUAUUUUUUGUAACUAAAUCAUAAUAAUUUUUUAAACUGAACUAUCUUCAUUUACAAACAAAGACGCUGGUGUUAAAAAAGUGAACAGUUUUUUUUCUGUUAGAAAAAAAAUCGGUUAAAAUAUAUAGUUUCCCAAAUACUUUCAAGUUACAAAAACGAUUGUCGUCAUGUAAGGAUGUAAGGAGUUCAGGUGCUUCUCAUCCCUUGUUACAAAAACCGAGCUGUAGUCACUCAUAAGCUCAUGGAUGUCCGGGUGUUUGAGAGAUUUCCAUUUUACCCCUUUCUGGAUGACAGGUGUCUGGGAUGCGAAAAUGGCCAAAUGUUCGACUAACUAUAACUACUAAAAGCUUCGGUGUGGCAGUCUUACGUCACUAUACAGACCCGUUGUCCAGAAAGGGGUUGGAUGGAAUUCAGCUUUAUGCCCGGAGACAUACAUGAACUUAUGAGUGGCUAUACCUGUUUGUUUAGUAAUGUUUAGUGCAGACGAAUAACCAUUAACAAGCAUUAUAGGAACUUUAAUGAAGGAUUCACAACUAUAGUCGAUUAAUUUAAGGUAGAUUCUUGUGCCUACGGGACGUUUGUUUGGCUGCCUCUGAUUGGCCGGUACCGGGAGGUAGGCUGCUCGCUCAGUGCGUCAUAUUUUCGUUUUGUAGCUUAGAAAACUAGCAAUAUGUUUCUAUUUCUUCAUUUAUCUCCCGUUUUCUAGGAUAGGAACGUUUUGGUCAUACCUAAGGAUUCGGUAUUAAUUGUACAACUAAGUCAUCUUUUCCUGUAAUCAGUAAGAUAAAACAAAGGAAUUACAAAGAGUAAAAGUGAAGAGAAAAACAUUUCAUUCUUUAUACCUGUUUUUAUUUAUCAUCAGAUUUUGAAUGAUUCAUGCGAUCAACAUAAAAUAAAAUGCGUGUUUUCUUACAAUAAAAUCACUCUGAAUACGCUGGUGUUUUCAGAUUUGGAUGCAUGUAAUAUGUGAAGAGAAAAUUAGGAAUAUGUCUUAUCAUGUUGCAUCCGUACUUGACUCAGCCUUAAAGGUCAAUCUUUCCUAAUUCUUUAUUGUUUAUUACUUCACUGAGAUUAUUAUUUCACUUCACUCAAAUAAGUCUCUGAUAUCUCUUUCGUGUGGAAAUAUAUUCAUUAAAUAAGAUUAUAAACAAUAUUCUGAAACAACCUGAUUAAAGCUUAGGCUUAGUUGAAGAGUGCGAAGUUUGUCCACAAAGUUCAAUUUCUUUGCUGCUGGACUGAAUUCCCCGCGGCCCGCCGAGAUCUGAGCUAACGAUACCAGAUGCAUCCAUCUGGUUAUUAUAAUUUUUUUCCUUAUGUUCGAUAGUUAUUAUGGAAAUUCUGUGUAUUUAUUUACAAAAAAUUUAAGGAUAUAGCAUGACAAAUAUUGUCGAAACUGGACCUCUCAUAACGCUAAUUGGUAACACAAAUCUCUUACUGAGACAACAAACACGUCUUGCAGAUUACAUUGUCUAGGCAAUACCGGCAAACUUGAAUCAUUUACGGAUGCAACAUAAUAAGACAUUCUUCAUUUUCUCAUUACAUAUCACAUGUAUCUAAAAUCUGAAAACACCAGCGUAUUUAGGGUGAAUUUUUUGUAUGAAAACAAGUUUUAUUUUGCCUUGAUCGCGUUAAUGAUGCAAAAUCCUAUGAUAAGUAAAAACAGUUAUAAAGAAUUAAAUGCAUCUCUCUUCACUUAUACUCGUUGUAAUUCCUGUGUUUUAUCUUAUUGAUUUCAGGAAAAGAUAACUUAGAUGUACAAUUAAUACCGAAUCCUAUGGUUUGACAAGAACUUUCCUUUCUUGUGCAAAGUGGGAGAUGAUUGAAGAAAUAUAAACAUAUUUCCAGUUUUCUAAGCCACAGACAAUGAGACACUGGGCGAGCGGCCUACCUCCCGGUACCAGCCAAUCAGAGGCCGCCAAACAAACGUCUCGUAGGCACAAGAAUCUACCUUAAGUGAAUCGACUAUAGUCAGCAACAUAAUUGCCAUUUUAUUGACCGUCCUAGAAGUUAAGUGAAGAUAGUUUGUAGAAUAUGUUAUUUCAUGAUAAUACCAUAUAAAGACAUAGCAUGUUUGUUCAUAACAUUGGGCUCAUUUGUGAUCUGUAAAAUCCUUUGUAUUUACAAAAUAAUUAUAAUUUUUAUCAUUUAUGACUUAGUGUAACAAUACUGUUAAUAGAGAUAGUUUAUAAUAUGACAAAGUCUUACAAGUAUGCAGUAUAUUUUUCCAAUUAAAAAAACGAAAUCAAUGUCAGUAAUACUAUGGAAAAUUUCACGCAAUAGUGGUUUGCAUUAGAAGCCUUAAAAUAGUAAAGUUACUGGCCAUCUUGGGCUAAAGCUCUAAACCGAAAGAGUGCACAGACAAAGGGUUUCCAAAGGAUAGGAAAGUGAAAACCCAGAAGUGCGCAUCUUUCUUAGACUUAGCACAACCUAACUCGUUUCAGACUAGUUUUCAAUAUGUCGAGACCGGUUCAUAGCAAAGUUCAUUUUGCUGUGUAACUACACUGUUUUGUCUAUCAGUUUUCUCUUCCAACCGGUAUCCAACUUCUCCAGAUUUGUCUUCCUCCAAUUUCCAGCUGUCGUUAUAUAAUGAAUCUUCAAGCCAGUCCUGCGAGUCUGAAAAUAUAGCUAUAUGAUUUGAUUAAGGUGUUUAUCCUAAUAGUAAUAUGGUAGUAAUAAGAUGAAGAAAAAGAAAUUUGUGUUCGAAAAUUGCAUAACCCACCACAAUUGCUCAAUUUCUUUUUUAGUGACCGGGUUAGCAGGGAUGAAACGAUCCAAUAACAGUUCGAUUUAUAAUUAGAGGAAAGGUAGAGUAAAUGUCCAUUCAGACGGAAUCCAGAGAAUGUCAAUGUUACGGAUUAUGGUAAAAGAAAAAAAAAAACCUUGCAGAUCUUGAAUUCAGAACUAUUCAUAAAGGAAGAUAUUUUAUGGAUGAAACUGUUGACGCCCGUGAAAUCUCCUCGAUAUAAAAUAAGUUUUUGUGGACGAGUUACUGGCUCCCUUGCACACGAAAAGAACGCUCGAGACAUUCACCAUGGAACUGUUAACAGCAGUGUUGCCACACGUACGAUAUUACGGCCUUGGUACGAUAGCAUUUUCCAUUAUCGCACGGUUUGUACGAUAAUUCUAAGAUGUUGAUAAGUAUAUAAUUACAAAUAUAAGGCUAAUUUCUAUUUUUUUAAAAAUCAUUUGUCUCCAAUUGUAACGUGGUUCAAAGGCUAUUGGAACAUUGGGAGGCACUGAGAACCUACUAUUAGCAACAGGAUUGAUUAUCAACUCCCCUCAUGAUCCUUUCACGAAGUUAUAUUUCAUGUUCCUUGACUGGGUUCUUCCAAAGUUUACUGAGUUCAACUAAAUUUUCCAAUCAGAUAAAGCAGUAAUAACAGUUCUCCAUGAUAAAGUGUCCAUGCUAUUCAGAGACCUCCUUCUCUCAUUUAUGGACAGGACAUAUGUAACGAAAACUUACCUAAAUACUGUAAAUCCUGAAAGACAUGACAGGCAUCUUAGUGACAGCCAAAUGUACCUAAGAGUUAAAUUUAUGCUGGGAUUAAAAAAAAAACCCUCCAUACGGGAAAACAAAGCUCAACAGCAGGAGUUUUUUCAGAGGUGUAGAAGUUUCCUUGUAGUGGCAUGCACAGAAAUAAAGAAGAGAUAUAAUUUCAAUGAUGGUGUCGUCCUGUCAAAGUUAAACUGCCUCUGUCCAAAAAAUGCUCUCUCAACAGAAUUGAGAGAUAGAAUCCCUUCCUUAUUCCCUCUUCCAUCUGAGCUUCCUCUGAUUGUACCCCCAGAUGACCACUCACUAUUUCAAAAGCUGGACGAUCAAUGGAGAAUGUUUCCCAUAUUGCAACAUGAAAUUAAGCAUCUCGUUAAUAAGUCACCUGAUAAGUUCUGGUGAGAAGUGUCCCAAAAGGAGUUUAGUUUUUCAGACCUAGCCAAUUUUGCUCUAAAUGCUCUUUGCUUGCCGCACUCUAAUGCUGAAUGCGAACGAGUGUUCAGUAAAGUUAACCUCUAAAACUAAACAAAGAAACAGACUGAAAACAAGGAUAGUUAAUGGGGCUCUUCUCUCUGCUAGUUGCAAGUUUAUCAUGUUCAGCUGGUGAGUCUCCACCUAUAACAAUAUCGUCCAUAUAUGGAUAAGCAAUAUCAUAAAAUGGUAUCAAUUGGGAAAUGAACUUCUGAAAUAUUGCAGGAGCAGAAUGGACACCAAAUGGUAACCGUAAAUAUCUAUAUGGACGCAAAUAUGUGUUAAUUACCAAAUAUUUACGAUCUUCUGGAGCAACUCCCAUUUGGAAAUAAGCAUUCUUGAGAUCCAGUCUGGUAUAAUACUUAUAUCUAGACACAUUGGAAAUUAAUUCUGACAUAUUAGGUAAUGGGAAUUUAGAUUCAUGAAGAAUUUAAUUUAUUUUACGAAAAUCCCCACAAACCCUAAGGGAUCCAUUCUGCUUCCCGACAGUAACAAUGGGUGAGGCAUAAUCCGAGAAUUCUACUCUUUCUAUCAUCUUAUUAUUUUCAAGCUCUUGCAGCGCACUCUCAAAUUCAAUGCGUAACGUAAGUGGCACCGUGCGGACCUUCUGAAAAACAUGAACAUGACCAACUUUCAAAUACAAUCGGGCUUGACAUUUCUUAAUAGGUUUCAAACUAUCUACAAUAUAGUUUUCCACAAUUUUUUUUAUAUUUAACUGAUGGACAUUUAUUACAUUGCACUUAUCUAAUAAAUUCCUACCAAUCAAGUUAUUUGGGGUUUGACCCAACAAUUAUGAAUUCAACGUCUGAAUUUUUUUGCUGUUUGUAUUGAAAAUUUGAAACUUGACCUUCCCAAAUACUUUAAUUGGCACUUGGUUAUAACCCUGCAAUUUAGUUCUAGUUCAGUAAUGUACAAUUUAACUUCUUAAAAUCAUCUUACUUUAAUGUGGAAAUAGCUGAACUGGUGUCAAUUUCAAAUAAAAAUGGCUCAUGAUUCAACUGACAACCAACAACAUAAAGUUGAACAGAAUUCUUGUUUACUAUACAUUUCAAAUCAAGUGACUCUUCAUCGUUGGAUUCGUCUUCUUGGAUUAUAACUUCAUGAGGCUUCAAGUGAGGUUUCGUCGUUGGCGGCGCUCUUGUGAAAACUAACCUGAAUCUGCUGUACAAGCCUAAGAAGACAAUUGUCAUAACUUAAUACUUUUGUGGGCUUAAGGUAGAUUAAAUACAAACUUCGUGUAAAGUACUCACAGCUUUAUUGUUCCUUCACUCCGUUACAGUGGUAUAACUUAUGACUUAACAAAGCGUUACUCUGAAUCUGAUCCUGGCUGCCCUUUUUCGGAUCUUGCUUACCUCUUUUUGACCGGGUCCCGCCAGCAUUACAAAGUAUAAAAAUAGUAAUGUAUCUCUAUAUCAGGGUUGUAACAGUAGCUAUAUGCAGAAUGUAUGCUAUAUUUUUUUCAGUUUUAGACAUCAAAGGUGUUGGAAUUGUUUAACAACGAAAUUCUGAAAUGUCACCCUUAGGGAGAUCCGGUCAGGACGACAUAAACAGAACGUAGAAAACAACUAUUAUUCGAUUUCAAGUUGAAAUAGGCAUUUUCUGAGAAUUCACAGAACGUUCAAAAAGUUGUCAUUUAUCAGUUGUCAUUUAUCUCCAGUUUUAUUAAUCACUGACUUCUCAUUUUGGCUUAACAUGAAAACUGUGAGUGUGUGUGUGUGUGUGUAACACACUAGGUCGGUGGCCGAGGCAAAACAUUCUGUUACACAGUUACACUUCUUUACAUUAUACAUGGGAUUUCUGAAUGACAGUCCAGCGCAAAUUCAUUGGCAUUUCUACAGAAGCAGUCCGCACGGACUGCAAGGAACGUAACCGUGGAUACAGCAUCCACUAGGGAUUGGGGCAUCCAAUGUAUUUCGCUGUGUUUAGUACUGACCCCUGGGGGGUAAAUUACCGUCGUCCGAAUAAAUAUUACUUAAAAUUCUUGUUCACUAGGUAAAAUUGCAUAGAAAAACCGCAAAUGCCAUAAUAUAGGCCGCCGCGGAUAAGUACCCAGAUCUACCGCCUUGUGAAUGAAAAGGUAUUGGUAGAUCUAUAAAACUAUUCUGCGGCGAGCUAGACUAUGGCAGUUGACGUUUUGCUAUGCAGUUUUACCUCCUAUUCGUUUCGGGAACAAAUGAUCAGUGUAAGGCUACUGAAACCCUAUAGUAGGCUAUAUCCCAAAAUUAUUGCGGACUACAACGGAUAUUGGUAAUUUAGUAUAGGUAUUUUAGGUGCGUGAAAAUACAAGCGCAAAAUAGGCAUUCAAGGAGGUAUUCUGACAUUGCCAUGGCAACCUGUAUCUGUAAGUUCUGAUUCUGAAAAGGGUAAACUUUUUAGGAUUGGGGGGUGAGGAAGUGAUACAAGGAUAAGUUUUAAAUGGUCAAUGAUACUUCAAUGAAGGGUAUUAAAGUACAGCGUGCACUAGCUAAGUAAGGACCUGGUAAAUUAGGCUUAUGUUAGUGGUCUACCAGGCAGACCUGAUACCUAAGGUUUAGGUUAGGUAAGGGUAGAUUCCCAGCCAAUAAUUUUUAAUGUUAAGUUCCCAAAGUUAGGUUAAGUUGCAGUCCAGGAGGCGGCAAAAAAAAAGUCUGGCCAUGUAAGUCCCUCUGUGCCUUUGACUUGGUUACAUUGGGUUGCAACCCUGUUAUUUUAAUUCACAUUUCCAUAAAUUAGAUUAGGUUGGGGGGAUGCUCAUGAGAGCAAAUCCCCCCGGCAUCCUAGGUGGGAUCCUGAUAGGUGAAGUAAGUCAAUGAUUUUUCACCCACCCAAAUACCUGGCUUUCCAUAUAAAAGCAGGGGGGCGGGGUUGUAUUACAUAGAAAAAAAAACGUGCAUUUUGGCCAAGCCUGACAUACUAGAUAUAAGGCUUUUUAUUUUUUCAAUUCGUUCAAAUGCACACUUCCUCGUUAAUUGUAGCACAGUAUUACCUUAAUAAAAGAAAAAGUCUUCACAGUAAUACCUGGAUAAAAGGGACAGUUUUCAGUCAUACCUGGAU